CAAAGCAAAGCAAAGCAAAGCAAAAUGAGCAAAGUUUACUUAGUGACGGGCGCCAACAGCGGCGUGGGGAAAGACGCAUGCCGUCAAUUGGCGCUGCUGGAUGACACCAAGAAGGUGUACUUGUGUGCUAGAUCCGAAGAAAAGGCCAAGAAGGCCAUUGCAGAUUUGGUGAGCAGCACGAGUACCAUCGACGGAAACAAGCUCCAAGCGCAUCACUUUGACCCGAACGAAAGCAAGCAAGACAUUAUCCGAAAGACUGUCAAAUCAUUGCCCGAAGAUUUCUUCCACGGUGUCAUAUUGAAUGCAGGAUCUCGUGGUGCCCUCACUCCAUCAGGGCCCAACAAUGUCACUCCCAUCGCGCAGGUGAAUGUUAUUGGCCAUGUGCAUCUUGUUGACGGAUUGUUGGCGGCAGGAAAGAUUGGUACCAAGAAAGGUGAUGAUUCCUUCAAGUCCAGGGUCGUUUACAUUGGGAGCGAAACAGCCAAAGGGGGUGGCGCAGCCAAGUCACCCGGCCUGGGAGAAAAAAGUGAACAAGAUAUUUGUAGCAUUCUCAAUGGUGACUACUACAAGAAUGCUGAGGAAAAGGAUGACACCGAUGGGAAUACUGCCUAUGGAGCCGUCAAGGGAGUCGGUACCUUGUACUUCUCCGGAUUUGGGCGGGCUCAUCCAGAAACUUACACUGUGACAGUCAGUCCCGGUGGUACGGCUGGGACAGAAUUCCUCUCCAACAACUCGGACGCAUUUGGUGGGCCCUUUGUGGCAUUCCUAGCGAAGUACGUGGUUAUACCCGUCCUUCUUUUGACUGGCUUUUUUCACAAGCUGGAAGUUGGUGCAAAACGGUACGUGGAUGCCGUGGUUGGAAAAGAAAAUGGCUUCGAGUUUGAAACAGGAACCUUUGUGGCCAGCAAAAGGGGCGUCUCGGGCUCUCUGAGCGACCAGGCCAAGACGAGUGGACCAGAGGGCAUUGUCUAUGGCGAUAUAGAUAAACAGGACAUGGUCUACAAUAUGAUCCAGAAUACGUAUGCUUAAUCAUUGAUGGUGCACUGAACGGAAGCUUCGAAAAGAGGAUAUUCCCAAGAAGAAAUCUAUGAUAAGUACUUUAGUGAUCUUGUAUUAACG